AUGCAGCUAUUAGAUGAUGAAGACUUAGGCACUAUGAUGGAAAUAUGGUGGCCGACUAGGAGUGAGAACCCACAACCAAUUGAAUUAUUUGCCGAGUUAGAAGACUUAGAGCCUGUUGUGAAUGUUAGUCCAGUAAGUCAACAUCACGAAUUUGACUUUGAUCUUAAUGUUGGAUGGACAGACCAAUUAGAAUAUGAAGGGACAUCACAGAUGCCCAAAAAUUCUAAUUAUGGUGGGAGUUCGUAUAACAACCCUACCUCCAGUCCCCGUUUACAAAUACAUCUAGAGGUGAUAAUAAGCACAGAGGCAAAUGUCAGAGAAAUGACCAAUAAUGAUGAAGAUUCUGAUCAAGACGUUGAAGAUUUUAGUGACCCUGAUGUUGAUGAGGUUCCGGACGAUAUCGAUGAUGAAGGACCAGAAGAGGUUGAAGAUGUUUAUGGCCCUUCAUUCAGUAACCUAAGUCAUGGCAUUAUUUUACGAAAUGAAUCUGGGGGCGACAUGUUGAACUUUGAGGAGUUAUUCAUUGGGCAACAGUUCGAGAACAAGGCAGACAGUGUGUUUGCCAUCAAACAAUACAGUAUGAAGUUGUCGAUUGAUUACAAGGUUGUCAAAUCUACACCGACAUUAUAUGUUAAAGAAUAUUGGAGAGCCGGCGAAGGGUGUGGUUGGCGAGUUCGAGCUACAUUUAUACAGAGGACUCAACAGUGGCAAAUACGAAAAUUAAAAGGGUGUCAUACAUGUAGUGUUGCACGUAUGUCUCAAGACCACCGGAAAUUGGAUACCAAAAACAUGCAAGCUCGAUUUCAGUGCAGAGUUUCAUAUAGGAAAGCGUGGUUGGUGAAACAAAUGGCUAUGCAACAAUUGUACGGCGACUGGGAUGAGUCAUACAAUGAACUUCAGGGUUGGAUUUUAGCGAUGGUGGAGUACAUCCCAAGAACUAUCGUGGACUUGCAAACGUUGCCUUAUAGAGGCCCUAAUGGACGAUUGGAACUGGGGAGAAGAAUACUUCUGAUUGCAGUUGCACAAGACGGUAACGGAAAUGUACUACCAAUCGCUUUUGCCAUCAUAGAGUCUAAGAACUCUGAAUCGUGGGCAUAUUUCAUUCAGAACUUACGGAGACAUGUUGUCAGGGAAGACAACAUUUGCAUUAUCUCCGACAGAUCGAAGGGUCUUGUUGCUACAAUUCGACAAUCUGAGGUUCCAUGGAGGUUCGUUUAUUGUAUUUGUCACAUCGCUGUCAACUUCCACAAUCAGUAUAAGAACAAAGAUUGGCGCAAACGAACUGUGAACAUGGGAUACGAGCUGGAAGCACAUCGUUUCAGACAUAAGUUGGCGAGGUUAGAGACUGAUAUGGCGGGGUCCAAUCCCCCUCUCAGACAAUGGUUAGGUAGCAUGGAGCCGUGGCAGUGGGCUCAAUGUUUUGACGAAGGGUACCGGUAUGGUCAAAUGACAACUAACCUCGUUGAGGCCAUAAACUCUGUCUUGAGGAGUACGCGUCACUUGCCAAUUUCAGCAGUUUUUCCAGCCACAUUUUAUAGGCUAGCAACCUUAAUGCCAAAAAUGGGGUUGAAACAAGCAAAACAGUUAGAGGUAGGACAUGUGUACGUCGAAAAAAUUAGGGAUGCCAUGAAAGAGAAUGCUGAAAGGGCUAGGUUGAUGAAUACAGAACUAUAUUCCCGAAAUUUGGAAACUUUUCGAGUGACAGAGUAUAUCGAUCGCCGGUCGGGGAUCCCGCCACGGCUCUACAGAGUUGAUCUCCGAAACAGGCAAUGUGAGUGCGAGAUGUUCCAAACACUACGUUAUCCGUGUGCGCAUGUGGUUGCAGCGUGUGCUACCUACAGUUUGAAUACUGAACAAUAUAUCGACGAUGUGUACACACUUGAACGUACGUUGCGUAUUUGGGGUAACGAGUUCCCCGUAUUAAGGGAUGUAUCAACAUGGGAAGUGCAACCGCCUGCGUUCGAGAUGUUGCCAGAUCGGUCACUACGUAGGAGAAUCAAAGGUAGACCGACAACAACGAGGAUCCAGAACGACAUGGAUAUAAGAGAACAAGUCGAUCCAAAACGUUACACCAUAUGUAGAAUAGUUGGCCACAGUCGGAGCAAAUGUCCCCAUAGAAACGUCUACACUGGUCAAUCUUCACAGUCUGAAAAAAAUUAA